UCGUCCGUGAACAAGACAUGCAAUCACCACCACAAAUCCAUAAAGUAUGUAAAAUCAUCGGUUUGCAUUACACAAGUGUGAGUGUUUGGUAGUGAGCAAUGACCAUCCAGUGACCCGAACAUUUGAUGCUUUCCCGGAAGCUGGGACAAAAGCACAUCCGGAUGGCGCGAACCCAAGGCCCCAUAGCCUCAUCGGUGGCUGCCCCCAUCGAACCAUCAGUCGGUGAGUGCAGGUGCCAGUGAUUACAACUGACCAAGGAGAUACUAAAAGAAAAGUAUGUCCAGAUAGUCAACACCGAAAGGCCAUAGAAGAUCAAAAUGAAAAGUUAUCCGUACGUUCCCAGCAUGGUGCACGCGAUUACAGUUCUCACGGUUUUGAAAAUGAUGACGAAAGCCCAAACAUCUUGCGGCUCUGGAUCAAUGAAUGGAAGAGUAAUGUAUGAAAGACUCCCGAAUAUACAACUGCAAGGAUUCGACGAUGACGUGGUUAGAGAUACGGCACCGCCGUUCAAGGUUUUAGAAAAAUGCGAACAACUCUGCCUCACUGACAGGGCCUCGAAUAACAUCGUCCGGACCUGUACUUCGUUUGAUUUCCAACCAGGAAGUCGGAUAGCCACCUAUAAUGGAGGCCCAGAAUACGAGGAAUCAACGUGUUAUCUCACAGCAGAACAAGCGAGACCUGAAGGGAUUGGGAGUUUGAUGUUGGUCCCCAACAGUGUCCACUUCACUGAAGUUUGUCUAACUUCCAACAGAAUCGACAGAGAUUGCCCCAACAGACUCUACAUCUUUGAAAGACACCCGCGCAAAAAACUAAAACUCCCGGACGCAGAUCUUAAGGAAGUAAUGGCAACGAAUCGGAGCGAAUGCGAGGACAAAUGCCUGAACGAAUUCAGUUUUGUUUGCCGUUCUGCCACGUUCGAUCCAGCAAUGCGAACGUGUACUUUAAGCCGAUUCACUCGACGAACUCAUCCAGAAUUGUUAAAAGACGACCCCAACUCGGAUUAUUUAGAAAACACUUGUCUCAAUGCCGACCGAAGAUGCGACGGUCUGGCCGUCUUCAUCAAAGAAGAAAACAAGCGUCUAGGCGGCCCCUUCGAAGUCGAUCUCUUCACUAACCUGACUUUAGAAGAAUGCCAGUCGAUGUGCGUCCACGCCGAGAAAUACUUCUGCCGCUCGAUCGAAUACGACGAAAUGACCAAAGUGUGCACCCUAUCAGAGGAAGACUCUAUCUCACAGAAAGAAGAAAUCGGGCUUGCCAGCAGCCCCACUCACAACUUCUACGAUUUUGCGUGUUUAGACAGUCACACUUUGCCCAUUUCAGCCCGCGGUUCCGAAUAUCCCGACAAUCACGCCACUUCGCAUCUCUUCAGUGGCAAAAAACCCGACACUGCGUUCCAAAGGUACAGGAACAGUCGACUUGGCGGCGAACACCAUUCGGAAAUUUCUGGACGUUCUUUGAGCGAAUGCCUGGACGAGUGUUUACGCCAACCUAGCUUCCAGUGCAAGUCGGCGGAAUACAGCGAAAGGCAUCGAAUUUGCCGCUUGACGAAAUUCAGCCAAAAGGACGGGAUGAGGAUUAUUUACGACGCCGAUUACGACUAUUACGAAAACUUGAUGCUUGGAGGAGAUGAGGGCCAGAGACCUGGUGAUGGGUAUCCGGGAGGAGGCGGUGAUCGGUACCGGCCGGGUGGUGGUCGCUACCCUCCGGUAGGUGGGGGACGGUACCCUCCAAGUCGCUAUCCGCCAAGUAGUGGAGGUGGUGAUGGGUAUGAUCGCCCAGGAAGACCACCAUAUGAUCGGUACCCGGAUGAUAGGUACCGACCACCAGGAGGCGAUUUGUAUCCUUCGGGAGACGAUAGGUAUCCUCCGCCACGACCACCUGUGGAUAGUUAUCCAGAUUCAGGGACGCGAUACCCGAUCGGGCCUCCAGGUGGUGAUAGAUAUCCCGGGAGAUAUCCUCCCGGAGAUCGGGAUAGAUAUCCAUACUAUCCUCCAUCGUCAAGUGGAGGAUAUCCUAGUCGGUACCCGAGCCGAUAUCCCGACAAAUAUGGGGAUAGAUAUGGAGACAGGUACCCGGACAAAUACGGAGAUAGAUAUCCGGACAAAUACGGUGACAGAUAUCCGGACAAAUACGACAGAUAUCCAGACAAAUAUGGAGACAGAUAUGGUGAUCGGUAUGGAGGUCUGAACGGUAGAUACGGCGAAUCAGAUUAUUACUACGGAGGUUCGAAAUAUGGAGGAGGCGGCCGUUAUGGGGGAGACAGAUACUGGAGUGGUCCAAAAUACGGUGGCAAAUACGACGACCGGUACGGUAACCGACACAGCUACUACGGGGACGAACGAGAUGGAGGAAACCGAUGGUUUUUCCGACCAGACCGCAGACCUGGUCGCCCAGUUGAUGGUGGGAGACCCAUCUACGAACCAAGACCGCCGUACGACGGCCGUCCGUACGAAGAAAGACCCAACAGACGUCCAAUUUCGCCAGGUCCUGACGGACCAAUCUAUGACACCUUUGGCGGAAUCGGUCCGAACAGACCUUACAGUUCCAGGUGUGACGAAGGUGAUAGUUUUAAACAAGUCGGGAGCCGGCAACGACUUCGGCGGGAAUUUGUUAGAAAAUUCAUGAACGUUCCGUCACUGAGUCAAUGUCAGCGUGAAUGUACGGAAAUGAGGGAUUUCAUCUGCCGAUCGUUCAACUACAGGGAUGUUAUAGGACGUGAGGACGAUCGAGACAACUGCGAGCUGAGCGAUCGCGAUUCCCGGGAUUUGGAAGCAAACAGUCGGAGGUUCUUCGACAAUACGGGAAACUACGACUUUUACGAACGUUCGAUUAGUCGGCAGGGCGUAGACGGCGAUUGCCUCGACGUAAGUCAAGUGUGUAACGAAGACGGGAUGGAAUUUACCCUUCGAACACCUGAAGGUUUCUACGGAAGGAUAUACACCUACGGUUUUUACGACCGAUGUUUCUUCCGUGGAAACGGCGGUACUGUUAACGUGUUACGAAUCAGUGGUGCACAAGGCUAUCCAGAAUGUGGUACCCAGCGCUAUGGAGACACCAUGACCAAUAUCGUGGUGGUGCAGUUCAGUGAUUUUGUCCAAACUGGACGAGACAAACGAUUCAAUUUGACUUGUCUGUUCCGAGGACCGGGCGAAGCUGUCGUUUCGUCUGGAUUUAUAGGAGCGGGAUCUGGAAGUCCAAUCCCGAUCGAGUAUCUCCCCGCUGAAAACACCCUCAGCUCCAAAGUGCGUCUAAUGAUCUUGUACCAAGGAAGACCAACAACUACGAUCGCCGUUGGUGAUCCUCUCACCUUCAGGCUGGAAGCCCAAGACGGUUACAAUUACAUCACGGAUAUUUUCGCCACAAAUGUGGUAGCUCGGGACCCCUAUUCUGGACGAUCAGUCCAACUAAUUGACCGAUUUGGAUGUCCAGUGGACAGUUUCGUGUUCCCUGAAUUGGACCGUGGCCGAAAUGGUGACAGUCUUGAAGCCCGUUUUAACGCCUUCAAAAUCCCAGAAUCGAAUUUCCUCGUGUUUGAAGCAACGGUACGCACAUGUCGCGAAGGUUGUCAACCUGCCUAUUGUCAAACAGGAGCUGGACGAUCCGAACCAUCAUUUGGAAGAAAACGAAGAUCAAUUAACGAAACGCUUCUACUAGAAAGCAACAACACCAUUUCAGCCGAAGACGAUGAAAUAACCAACACAACUGCCACCAACGACACGACUGUUUCGUUCCUCGAAACCACCAAAAUUGACACUAUUGACGACGCCUCCGAAGAGAAAGAAUCCGAAAGUCCGGAGUUUGUCCGCGAGAUGAUUGAAGUUUUCGAUUCACGUGAAGAGUUGCAACAAGAGGCACGUCGUGCGGACCCGGCCCCAGAAACCGUCUGCUUGACUCCUGGUGAAUACCACGGGCUAGUCAGCGCUGUUUUCGCCCUCAUUGCUAUCCUUCUGACCAUAUCGCUAGUUUCGGGCCUCGCUUAUCGCAAAUAUUGGAUCGUUAUGAAGAAGAAUAUUCUCGCAGAUCGCGCUUCGUCCAAUAUCUCGUCCUCAUACCCCAACACCCGCAGCAGCGGUCUCUCGAGCGGGAUUUCCAUUUUUGGCACAGGUCUCCAGAAGCAGUUCAUCGGUUUUGGGCGUUCUCGGAAUUUCCCGAGCUUGCCGAAAGACGACGAUAUUGAGUGUCCUGGACCUGCACCUGGGGGUCCCUUCGAGGACCCCAGCGAACCGAUCUACACGGACCCUUCUCUUUUCGAACGAUCGCGGAGUCUCAGGAGUAUCGCGGUGUCGCAAAAACGGCGGAAAUCUCCCGGACAGCAGAUUUAAUAGGUUUUAAUGCUAGAGAAUGUGUUCGCGGUCCCCACGUUCUGACACUAACUUUAGGAUAAGGUAAUUUUGUAUUUAUUGAAGAAAAAAAGGCACGAGGCGUCGUGGGUAUUGCGAACACCCCGAUUGAGUUUUCUAAUUUAAAUGUAGGUUUAUUUAAUUUUAGGACCAGGUUCAUUGUGCAUUAUUUUAAAAUACUCGUGUUGCAAUAAAUUCACUGCCGACAACCAGCUCCAAAUGCCGCUCAUGUCAAACUAUUGUGAUCGCAGCGUGAGUGUAGUUUGACUACACAAAUUUGCGCGAUUUUUUUGUACCUUUUAUUUUUAUCUAAACCUGCCUAUGGCCGAUGCCAUAUGAAGGCCGACUUUACUGUUUCUCAGGCACAUACGCACUUUUCUUUAGUUAAGUUCGUCCAAUUCAACACUCGCUACGAGCACUUCUGUUGUUAAACAACAAGUUAGGUUUAAAAUUAAUAAAUUAGGUUCUUUAUA